AUGUGCCCCUCUUGCGAACCAGAGGCUGCCGCCAAUGCCAAUGGCAACGGUCAUACCAAUGGAACUUCUAAUGGUACAAAUGGAUCUAACGGUACCAAUGGACACCCUGGUUUCACCGCCGUUCAGACCAAAUCAAACCCACAUCAACACCGAUCGAACCCAUACCAACCUGUCGGCGAUUUCUUGAGCAAUGUCAACAACUUCAAGAUUAUCGAGAGUACCCUCCGAGAAGGUGAACAGUUCGCCAAUGCCUUCUUUGACCUCCCGAAGAAGAUUGAGAUCGCCAAGGCUCUCGAUGAUUUUGGCGUGGACUAUAUCGAAUUGACUUCACCUGCUGCAUCUGAGCAAUCAAGGCUUGAUUGCGAGGAAAUUUGCAAGCUGGGAUUGAAGGCUAAGAUUCUCACCCACAUUCGAUGCCAUAUGGACGAUGCCAGGAUCGCAGUCCAGACCGGUGUUGAUGGAGUUGACGUUGUCAUCGGCACUUCUUCAUAUCUUAUGGAACACUCUCACGGCAAAGACAUGACCUACAUUACAAACACCGCAAUUGAAGUCAUUAACUACGUCAAGUCGCAUAACAUCGAAAUCAGAUUCUCCAGCGAGGACUCUUUCCGAUCAAAUCUCGUGGAUCUGCUCUCAAUUUACUCCACCGUCGACAAGAUCGGUGUUAACCGCGUCGGUAUUGCAGACACUGUCGGUUGUGCAUCCCCAAGACAAGUCUAUGACUUGAUCCGGACUCUGCGUGGUGUUGUCAGCUGUGAUAUCGAGACGCAUUUCCACAAUGAUACCGGCUGCGCCAUUGCGAAUGCAUACUGUGCUUUGGAGGCUGGUGCCACCCACAUCGAUACCUCAGUAUUAGGUAUUGGUGAGCGAAAUGGCAUCACCCCUCUCGGUGGUUUAAUGGCGCGUAUGAUUGUUGCCGACAGAGAUUAUGUUAUCGGAAAGUACAAAUUGCACAAGCUCAAGGAUAUUGAGGAUCUUGUUGCUCAAGCCGUCGAAGUCAACAUUCCAUUUAACAACUAUAUCACUGGCUAUUCAGCAUUUUCGCACAAGGCCGGCAUACACGCAAAAGCGAUCCUCAACAACCCUUCAACGUAUGAGAUUAUCAAUCCGGCGGAUUUUGGCAUGACAAGAUACAUCCACUAUGCCUCGCGUCUAACCGGAUGGAAUGCUAUCAAGUCGCGAGCGAACCAACUUCAAAUCGAAAUGACUGAUGCACAAUACAAGGAGUGCACAGAAUCGAUCAAGGCGCUUGCUGACAUCAGACCUAUCACGCUUGAUGAUACUGAUUCUAUUAUCCGAGCUUUCCAGCGAAAUCUCAAGCUCGGAAAGACAAAGACCGCUGAUCUGCUUCCUAACAUGACUGACGAAGAGCAAGCAGUGCUGGCUAAGAAGGAGAGGCAGAUUGAUAUCCCUGAGAAGAGGGAGCUGGAUAUUGCAGCUGAGAUACCCCUUGCCAAGAAGGCAAACCAAGGUGUUACGGCAUAA